CCCAGCGGGGGUCCCCGUGUCCUUCCCGCCCCGGGACAACCGGACGGGAACCGGGGCAGAGCGGCCCCGCUGGGCUGCACCGGCCCGCGGCCCCGCCCGCCUCCCCAAGCAGCGCCCGGUGUGCGGCUGCCGGCUGGAGCUGCUGUUGGGCUCUGUCCGGUCACCCCCGUUAGGGAGCCCCCGGUGCGGGACCCCCGGCCUACGGCAGCGCCGGACGCACGAUGGACACAGCCCCGGUAGCACCCGCCUCCCCCGAACGCGGCUCGGCCGGGCCGCAGCGGUGCUGCCGCGGGUGUCCCCGCUCGGUGUGUCCCGGUGGGCGUUUCGGGGACGGGAGCGGCGGGAGCCGUGCCCGGUCCGUCCCGUCCCGUCCCGUCCCCAGGGCGGCCACGACCCCGCAGUCCCGACCCCCGCUCGUUCCGCGAUCUGCGGUUCUGUCCGGGCAGGGGCCGCACAACCGACGCUCCAAGUGCCCCCGCUGGGGCCGGGGGCACCGCGGGGACCCGGAGCCGCUGGGGAGGGGGCGAAGUGAUGCCCUGACCCCCCAAACCGGCCCAGCUCCCGGCAGCGCGUCCCGGGGAUGGGGCGGGGGCUGCCGGGCGAUGCCCCGGUACCGGCUACAGGCGCCCUGGGGGGUCCGGUUGCAGCCCCGCACCGGGGUGGAGGGGGGGGAUGUGCCGCCUGCUCGGUGCCCACGGGGAAGCGGCUGCUCGGGGGGUCCCGGGGGAGCCCCGGGGGGCUCCGGCUGCGCUCCCUGAGGACGCGGGCCCGGGGCCGCCCCCCCGCAGCGCGUCCCCCGCCCGGUUCCGGCCAUGGCGACCGGCGGCGGCGCUGCGGCCCCGGCGGCGGCGGCCGCUCCCCGGGCGGUGGGCGGGCCCAGGCGCUCCCCGCCCCGCCAGCCGCCCGAGCGGAGCCGCCGCGGCCGGAGCCCGAUGCCGGGAGCUGGGCGCUGAGGGCGGCCCCGAGAUGGGGAUUCUCAGCAUCACGGACCAGCCUCCUCUGGUCCAAGCCAUCUUCAACCGCGACAUCGAGGAGGUGCGGUCGCUGCUGAACCAGAAGGAGAACAUCAACGUCUUGGACCAAGAGAGACGGACACCGCUGCACGCUGCUGCCUACAUCGGAGAUGUCGCCAUCCUCGAGCUCCUUAUUUUGUCAGGUGCUAAUGUUAACGCGAAGGACACGGUUUGGCUCACCCCGCUGCACCGCGCGGCGGCGUCUCGGAACGAGAAGGCACUUCACCUCCUCCUGAAGCACUCGGCGGACGUCAACGCCCGCGACAAGUACUGGCAAACGCCCCUGCACGUCGCCGCCGCCAACCGGGCCACCAAGUGCGUGGAGGCCAUCGUCCCCCUGCUGAGCACCGUCAACGUGGCGGACCGCACGGGCCGCACCGCGCUGCACCACGCCGUGCACAGCGGCCACCUCGAGAUGGUGAACCUGCUGCUGAACAAAGGCGCCAACCUGAGCACUUGCGACAAGAAGGACCGGCAGCCCAUCCACUGGGCGGCUUUCCUAGGGCAUUUGGAAGUUCUGAAGCUGCUGGUGGCCCGGGGAGCUGACGUGAUGUGUAAGGACAAGAAGGGCUACACUCUGCUGCACACCGCGGCUGCCAGCGGCCAGAUCGAGGUCGUGCGUCACCUGCUGAGGCUGGGGGUCGAGAUCGAUGAACCAAAUUCCUUCGGCAACACUGCACUUCACAUCGCCUGCUACAUGGGCCAAGACGCCGUGGCCAAUGAGCUGGUCAAUUACGGCGCCAACGUCAAUCAGCCUAACGAGAAGGGCUUCACCCCUCUGCACUUCGCCGCCGUCUCCACCAACGGGGCCCUGUGCCUGGAGCUCCUCGUCAACAACGGGGCCGACGUCAACUUCCAGAGUAAGGAAGGGAAGAGCCCGCUGCACAUGGCCGCCAUCCACGGACGGUUCACGCGCUCACAGAUCCUCAUCCAGAACGGCAGCGAGAUUGACUGCGCUGACAAAUACGGCAAUACCCCCCUCCACGUUGCUGCUAGAUACGGCCACGAGCUGCUAAUUAGUACUUUGAUGACGAAUGGUGCUGACACUGCAAGGCGUGGGAUCCACGACAUGUUCCCUCUGCACUUAGCUGUUCUCUUCGGAUUCUCAGACUGUUGUCGUAAGCUACUUUCCUCAGGUCAGUUGUACAGUAUCGUCUCCUCGCUGAGCAACGAGCACGUGCUGUCUGCGGGCUUCGAUAUCAACACGCCGGACAACCUCGGGAGGACUUGCCUCCACGCUGCUGCUUCGGGAGGGAACGUUGAAUGUCUUAAUUUGCUGUUGAGCAGCGGUGCUGACUUGAGGAGGAGAGAUAAAUUCGGAAGGACUCCACUGCACUACGCGGCUGCCAACGGCAGCUACCAGUGUACGGUGACACUGGUGACGGCGGGAGCCAGUAUUAACGAGGCCGACUGUAAAGGCUGCACCCCCCUACACUAUGCUGCUGCUUCGGACACGUACAGGAGAGCGGAGACUCAUUCAGGAAACAGCCACGACAGCGACGAGGAGCCGCUGAAGGAGUCCAGGCUGAAGGAGGCGUUCUUUUGUUUGGAGUUCCUGCUGGAUAAUGGUGCUGACCCGUCCCUGCGGGACAAGCAGGGAUACACCGCCGUCCACUACGCAGCCGCGUACGGCAACAGGCAGAACCUCGAACUGCUCCUGGAAAUGUCUUUUAACUGCCUGGAGGACGUGGAGAGCACCGUUCCCGUCAGCCCUUUGCACUUAGCUGCCUACAAUGGUCACUGUGAAGCCCUCAAGACACUUGCCGAGACCCUGGUGAACCUGGACGUGCGGGACCACAAGGGCCGCACCGCGCUGUACCUCGCCACGGAGCGCGGCUCCACCGAGUGCGUGGAGGUGCUGACCAGCCACGGCGCCUCCGCGCUGGUCAAGGAGAGGAAGAGGAAGUGGACGCCGCUCCACGCUGCAGCUGCCAACGGGAACACGGAUUCCCUGCACCUCCUGAUCGACAGCGGGGAGCGGGCGGACAUCACCGACGUCAUGGACGUCCACGGCCAAACCCCGCUGAUGCUGGCCAUCAUGAACGGCCACGUCGACUGUGUCCACCUCCUGCUGGAGAAAGGAUCCACGGCCGACGCCGCGGACAAGCGGGGCCGGACCGCGCUGCACCGAGGGGCCGUGACGGGCUGCGAGGACUGCCUGGCCGCGCUGCUGGACCACGAUGCCUUCGUCCUGUGUCGGGAUUUCAAAGGCCGGACCCCCAUCCACUUUGCGUCGGCGUGCGGGCACCUGGAGGUGCUGCGGACCCUGCUGCAGGCAGCGCUCUCCACCGACCCUCUGGACUCCGUGGUGGAUUACAGCGGCUACUCGCCGAUGCACUGGGCUUCGUACAGUGGGCAUGAAGAUUGUCUUGAAUUGUUACUUGAACACAACCCGUUUGCAUACCUAGAAGGAAACCCCUUUACUCCAUUGCACUGUGCAGUAAUUAACAACCAGGACGGCACUGCGGAAAUGCUGGUGGAAGCAUUAGGUGCCAAGAUUGUUAAUAGCAGAGAUGCCAAAGGAAGGACCCCCCUUCACGCUGCUGCCUUUGCAGACAACGUCCACGGUUUACAGCUGCUCCUGCGCCACCAGGCCGAGGUGGACACGACCGACAAGCUGGGGAGGACCCCGCUCAUGAUGGCUUCGGAGAACGGGCACUCCGCGGCCCUCGAGUUCCUGCUGUACCAAGCGAAAGCAAAUAUAACUGUGCUGGACGUCAACAAGAACACGGCUCUUCACCUGGCCUGCAGCAAGGGCCAUGAAAAGUGUGCCUUGUUGAUCCUGGGGGAAACCCACGACCUCGGCCUUAUCAAUGCAAGUAACAGUGCUCUGCAGAUGCCGCUCCACAUUGCCGCGCGGAACGGGCUGGCCUCCGUGGUCCAGGCCCUGCUCAGCAGAGGUGCCACCGUGCUGGCUGUGGAUGAAGAAGGUCACACCCCGGCCCUGGCCUGUGCCCCCAACAAGGACGUGGCCGACUGCCUGGCACUGAUCCUCUCCACCAUGAAGCCUUUCCCGCCGAAAGACGCCAUCGGCUCCUUCAGCUUCAACCUCCUCAAGAACUGCGGCAUCGCGGCCAAGGCCUGCGGGCCCCUGCCCAACGGCAGCGCCUACGGCCAGGAGCGGCCCAGCGCCAUCGGCCUGGACGGCUGCUACUCCGAGUAGCUCCCGCCAACGGGUGACCCAAUAUCUUAUUAUAUUUAUUUAGAAAUUCUAUAAAUAUAGGGCACUUUAAAGGAGAACAAGACUGGGCGAGCCCUCGGAGCACGCCAAGAGUUCAGCGCGGCCCCGUCCGGCGCUGCUAAUUAGCUUAACGAGCGCCGUGUCCUCCGUCGCUCCCCGAGACGAGGCGGGUGCCGCUGCGCUUCGUCCCCCGGCUUUUGGGGCGAAUCGAGGCGGGUUUGGUUCCGACGGGGCCGCCCGAACUCUUGGCGCGGUGCGGGGUGGGAUUCUCGGGGAGCGGGUCCCCCCCUCGCUGACGCCGUUUUGGUUCGUUUCGAAUCCUCACGCUCGUCCUUUAAUUCCAAUACACUUGAAUCACGAUCUACUGUACCCGGGACACUACGACUCUCCCUUUGGCAGCUGUGGUUGAUAUGCAAACAGGGGCGCCCUGCUGGAGCCUCCCCCCUCACCAGGCACUUUAGGGAUUCUGUUGGUCGGUCGGUUGAUUUCUUGGCGAAAAUCCUAAAGAAACCUCCUUAUUUUGAUAUAUUCCGCUUUAUUUUCGCUCUGGUUUGCGUGGCCGUUUCCAUGCGAGACUCAGUGUUGCUUUUUUAUUUUGAGAAGUUAUUUAUAAAGAAACAAGCAUUUACCUUUAAAAACAAACCAUAAAUAGAAUAUCCUGAAAGUUGAGCCUUUUCACAAGGAAAAAGAUGCACUUCAAAGUCCUAAUUCACAACCUUUAGCAAGUCUGUGUUAAUUUUUCUAACGUCUUGGCAGGAUUAUCAGCGUGUACGUGGGAUCGUUGUUUCUUCGCUUUGGGUUCGUUCUUUUAUUAACGUAGCGAUCGUAUUUAUAAGGCAGGUUUGGAGCACUCGAUGUUGCACUGGUAUGUGUUCAUCCUUUCCGUCGCUGUUAUUUUCGGGGUGUUUUCGGGUGUCUUUCCGAGUUACUGUAACGGCACCGUGUGCGAAACCCGCCGCUUGUCGUCUCCGUGUGGCGAGUCCGUUCCAAGCCAAAGACGCAGCGAUGGGGUGACGAGCGUUUCGGGGACCGUCCCCAACCUGGGGGUCCCGGCGCCCCCCCCGGGGGCCAUUAAAGCGUCCCCGGUGGCCACUCGAGCGUUUUUAUAACCAAAAUAACGCGUCGCGUCUUCUUUUUCUCCUUUAAAAACCAACCGCGGUGGCCCCUCCUUUACAGGGCCCCCCCCGCGCUGUUCGUUUCUUUUACCAAAGCCGAACUCUUAGAACCAAACACGGAGAUUCCAGCCUUGGCCUUUGGGUGAUAAAGCACAUUGAUUUCCCUUCGCCUUCUCACGGAGGAGUUUUGGGUUUGUUUUGUCCCGUUAACCAAACCUGCACUUUGUUCGGUAAAGCACUCGAGAAUUCGGCGCCGGGGGAGCGGCUGCUCCGCGGAUUGUCCCAUUUUUUGGGUCUUUGGGGGGGGUUUUCCCCUUUAUGGAUCUAUAGGAUCGUCCUUUGGCAGCACGACGCUCCCUCGGCGCCGGCACAGGGUUGUGCCCCCGGCCGCCGGCGUCUCCCCCAAAAACCCCUUUAGCGUUACCCUUUCCGCACCGAAUACCUCAGUUCGGAACCAGAAUAAACUUGAACCCCCGGCUGCCAAACCCCUGGCGGCGUCAAGAACUGGACCCCCACCCUGUUUACACGCAGCCGGGGGGUGGGGGGGGGGGGGGUGGAUUUUGGCUUCGCUUUAUCUCCACAGGGCAGGAAAACGGGUCCAAAGUCCCGAGCCGGCGUCUUCAAGGGCUAAAGCGGUUUAUUCCGCGGAGGGGACCGAGGUGUCACCACCCCGGUGCGGCCGCGUCCCUUGGAAAAUGCUGCUUUUCCUUCCCCCCCCCCCACCGCCACGUUGUUUUCUUGUUGAUUUUUUGGGUGGUUUUCAGUCGCUUUGCACGGAGAAGGAACCGCGUUCUCCCUUCGGCUUCGUCCCCGCGCCGACUCCGAGACAAUCAGUGUGAUCUCCGUAAGGGCUUCUCCAUCCCCACCCGCAGCGCCACGCAGGAAGAAAUAGGUAGUAAAUAGAAAUAGCCGCUCUUUGCUCUUAGGAUCCUCCCCCCCCUUCCCCUUGUGUCUUAUAAUAAUAAUGAUAGAGGGCAAGGAGGCUCCAGCAGCGCACCUAUGGGGGGGGUGGGUGGGGGGGCGACACAUUUGGGGUGGGAAUGGGGACACGCAAGUCCCAGUCUUGUUCUCCUUUAACGCUGUUAUCGUAUCCAUUCGACAGCACAGCUUGACAAUUUCAGUAAUAAUCCAAGUGUUCGGUAAUAAUGGCGUUUAUUUUGCUAAAAUGAGAUCUUUUUGUGAUGGUUUCCCCCCCCCCAAAAAAAAUAAACCAACCCCCCCGGUGCAUUGUUAUAAGAGGGAUGGAGGGAAACUUCCCCGGCCCCACAACUUGGACCUUGAUGCCAAAGUCGGACCAUUCCCGCUCUUCACCCCUAAACCCCGACGCUACUUAAAUCUCUUGGUUUCGGGUCCCGCACACCCCAAAAUUGGGAAGUUUCUCUCCUCCCACUUGGUCCAAAGCACUUGCUUCAAGUAAUAAGCACUUUUGUUCAAGCAUGAGUCCGGAUUCCCUCGAGCAUCCCGCGGGAGAAGCGUCUUUUGGGUUUAUUUUUUCAUUUCUAAUUUAAAAAGAAAAAAAAAAAAAAAAAAAGGAAAAAAAAAAAUAAGAAAAUAAGAAGUUUGUUUCUAAGGAAUGAAUGAAUGAACAAAGGGAAGGUGUGUUUGCAAAGGAAGGAAGGAAGAGAAACGCAAAAACAAACAGCACAAAUGCAUUUCAAGGCGCCGGGCGCGUUGGCGCCGGCGAGCGGAGCCAUAUGAACUGCUGAAUGUACCGGCCGGGGGGGCCGGGGGCCUGUCCCCCCCACCCAGCUCCAGGCGAUUGGGAGUUCUCACUUUGCUUUAGGAAAUCCGCCCCCCCCACCCCGUUUCUCCCCCAUUUUGGGGUCGGGUCCCCACGUCCCGGUAGUGCUAAAACCGCCCCGAAUGGGGCAGGUUUGGGGUUCUGGUUGUGCCGAGAUGAACCAGAACGAACCCCAAACAGCCCGGAGAUGAGAUUGUGCUUUUCUGCUGCUUUUUGGGGUCCCCCCCGCAACCGCAAACCAAAGGAAAAUCCCCCCGUAGCACACGGACCCGCGGCCUCGGCCCUGGGGGGUUUUCCUUUUGCUUCUCUUUUUUUUUCCUUUUUCUUUCUUUUUUCUUUCUUUUUCAUUAUUUUUCUCUUUUUUCCUUUUUUUCCCCUUUUUUCCUUUUUUUAAUUAUUACCGUUUUUCUUUUUUCCUUUUUUCUUUUCCCUUUUCUUUUUUUAAUUAUCACUAUUUUCCUUUUUCCUCAUUUUAAUUAUUACCAUUUUUCCUUUCUUCUUCUUCCUCCUUUUUCCUUUUUCCUCUUUUUUCCUCAUUAUUCUAUUUUCUUGUUUUUAAUUAUUACUAUUUUUCCUUUUUCCUUUCCUCUUUCCCCUUUUCCUUUUCCCUUUUCCCUCAUUUUAAUUAUUACCAUUUUUCCUUUCUUCUCCUUCCUCCUUUUUCCUUUUUCUUCUUUAUUCCUUAUUACUCUCUUUUCUUUCUUUUAAUUAUUACUAUUUUUCCUUUUUCCUCUCUUGGGCACUUUUGAAAAGAGCCAAAAAAACCUCAAAACAACCCAAAACUGAGAUUCGGCCGAAGCUCCGGGGCCCUUUGAUUAAACCCAAACCCUCAGCAUUUCCAGCAAUGGGCCGGGACCCACCUCCACUCGUCCUCAUUGAAUCCGUGUGUCCCACACGGGGGAGAAGGGGUGGGGGGGAACACCCCCCCCAAAAAACACCCAGAAAAAGGAAAACUAAGGAAAAGUAGCCUUACUCGACCCUGUCGUGUCGAUAUUGUUCGUCAACUUGAAAACUAAUAAAGGAAACGCAUGGAAACCUGGA